AUGUCUUACGGCGGCAGGCAGCUGGCCUACGCGCCGACGCCUUACAUCCCGCGCUCCAACCUCUCCGCGACCAUCAACCUUGAUGAGGAAGUCAAACUGUCUGCAACCAAUGCAGAGCGCGACUUGAACGACUCGCUGGCCGAGAUCUACAGCAUCAUCAUCACGCUCGAUGCCAUAGAGAAGGCCUACCUGAAGGACUCCAUCGCCGAAGCCGACUACACCGAGACAUGCAACCGGUUGAUGAAGCAGUACAAGUCCAAUCUUGCCAAUGAGACGGUCGCGCAAGCAUUUGGCACUCUGGACCAGUUUGCGAAAGAGUGGCAGAUGGAAUGUCCCCGAGCCAUCGAGCGACUACGCGUUGGCAUACCCGCGACUAUCGAACAAGGUCCAUCGAGACCAACUCAGGGAGGCGACUUUGCUGAUGCGACGCUCGUCGUCAACGCGACCGAGACUUUCAUCACUCUGCUCGAUGCCAUCAAGAUUGGGCUGGUAGAGAAGGACACAUUGCAUCCUCUGCUUGUCGAGAUCAUACAAGCUGUCAACAAGGUCACGGACGUCGAUUUCGAGAGCAAAGGCAAGAUUGUGCAGUGGUUGAUUACCCUGAACCAGAUGCGGGCGGCCGAGAAGUUGAGCGACGAGCAGGCGCGCGAGUUCCAAUUUGACAUGGACUCGGCCUACUAUGGCUUCAAGACAACCCUGAAGAAGGCUUAG